AAUGGAUUUAAAUUGAAGCGAACGUUUGAAGCGUGCAGAAGCAAAGGCAAAAAUCUCGCCGAAAGUCGAGAAGUGGAAAUAACAAAAAGAAGAUUUAUAAAAACAAUACUAAACAAGUGAAAGAACAAUUACAAGUGAAAAGUGCAAGAACAAAAGAACAUUCACAAUGCAAACAAAUACGAGUGCACAAAGUGUGAGCCUCGCUCUUGGGCUGCUCCUGUUGCUGAUGCUCUGCCUGAUCAGCUCCAGCACUGGCUACGCCAUUGGCCAGUCCAAGUUUGGCAAAAUCGAAAAGUUCCCCUACCAAGUGAUGCUCAUCGGCAAGCAGCUGUGGCGCAAACGCAUUCUCUGCGGCGGCACACUCCUAGACAAGCGCUGGGUUCUCACCGCCGGACAUUGCACCAUGGGCGUCACUCACUACGAUGUGUAUUUGGGCACACGCAGCGUCGAGGACACCGAACAGUUGGGCGGUCUCGUCUUGCGCUCCAAUAAAUUCAUUGUGCACGAACGUUUCAAUCCCGAGACGGCGGCAAAUGAUAUUGCGCUGGUUAAACUGCCGCACGAUGUGCAGUUCACAUCACGUAUACGACCCGCCACACUGCCAAGCAACGCCCAGCGAUUGGAUCAGUUUACGGGCAAGAGUGUGGUGGCCAGUGGUUGGGGCGCCACCGUCGAGAUGACCAGCUCCGAUGCCAUGCAAUACACCGAACUCAAGGUGAUCUCCAAUGCGGAAUGCGAUGAGGAAUACGAUGUGGUCACAGCUGGUGUUCUCUGCGCCAAGGGAUUGAAGGAGGAGACAGUCUGCACCGGUGAUUCGGGUGGUCCACUUGUCCUCAAAGGCACCCAAAUGUUGGUGGGCAUCACGAGCUUUGGCCCAGCCGAUGGUGAGGCGGGAGGCGGAUGCGAUCGCACCACAGUUCCCGGCGGAUUCACGCGGGUCACUUACUAUCUGGACUGGAUCGAGAGCAAAAUUGGUGGCCAGUCACACCUGCAGACACACAACAGUCAGCAACAUCAACAUCAUAAGUAUCGGGAUGACAAUCUCAUUUAGAUAAUCUUUAAAGAGAGAUGUUAUGGCUUUGUGAUCUGAAACUCUGACUGAAUCGUUUAGCUUUAUUUUUGAUUUACUUAUUUUUUGAUAUAUCAAAAUCAGAUUUUGAUCGUGUGAUAUUUGUGAAUACUCGUCUCAGUUUAGCUAAUUUCCAAAUUGCAAUCAUCAUGAAUUUGUUUCUAGUUGAUAACUAUUUAAAUAUCUAUUAUUUAUUCUAAUUGUAAGACAACAAAAGCUGAAGCUUGUAAGAGCGAAAAGAAAGCAAGUUGAAAUGAAAACAAGAAACAACAAACAACAAAAAAACCAAGAGUUGAAAGCACAUUUCAAACAACAAUAAUAACAAACAAACAAAUAACAAAAAACCAGCCCGAAUCUUCGUUUUUAUUUUAGUCAUGCUGAUUUUUAGCAAUUGGAAUUCCCCCGAGAUCAACGAUCAACUGAUCAACUGAUGAUGAUCACUGAUCAGCAGCUAACCGAGAUCAUCAUCAACAGAUAAAAACUUUUACGUGCUCAUCGAAUUAUUUUCACCAGCUUCGUUUCGUUUCGUUUCGUUUCGUAUUAUUUUUGCCCUUUACAUAAUCUCUCUAUAAGGUUUUAUGCUGGAAAUAAGAUGUCGAAAAGAUUUCGAGUAUUUUACAUAAACGUUUUCAUAUUGACUUUACACUCGACUGGGCGCUUGAGCAGCUGAAGAAGCUCAAGAAUCUCACACAGUCCACUCCAAGUGGUCAUCACUUGAGAUCUGAUGACGCAGUUCCGUGAUAAAAUCUAGAGAUGAUUCCAUUCGCUUUGAGUGAGGAGAAACAAUAACAACAAUGAAACUGGAGAUUGUGCGAUAUGACUUUCAGUUUUGUUCUCCUCGAUUCUGUUUGUCGUUGAUAUUGUUCUGUCAUAAAUUAUGUCAGUUCAAUUUUUAUAGUGAAAUCUGGACUUAUUAUCAUUCUAGAUGACGUACCCAUCAUCUGAUUUAUUAAGCCGAUAUCAAUCACAAUCUAUUAUUGUCCAAUGAUCCAGAUACAGCUUGAGGAUAUCAAACACUUUAAUACUCUUAAAGAAUUAUUCGCGUUUCUUAGAUUCUCUCUUUAAUUGGGGAGUAUAAUAUUAUAUAUAAAUAUAUUAUUAUUAUCACUUCCUGCAAUUCAAUUGCAACUCUGUUUUUGAUUAACCAUCUGCCCAACGACUUUUAGUUUCAAUAAACUGGUUCUUUCCACUAAUUUGGCUUUGUAGUUUUCCGUUUCCUAAAUAGCACGUGGAGUCUAGUCAAGGUAAUUGAAUGUUUGGCUUUCUAUUUGAUCUGCCCUUGGCUUUUCCAUUCAACUUUACAGGUAAUAUAUUACUAAAUAAACAGCUUUUCAUUAGCAAACAAAUCGUGAUUUUACAGCCCAUUGCAUUUAGCUAAAGUGCAAUUAAAGGCCAUUAAUUUCACAUAAUAAAUUUAUAUAACAGUUGUUAUUUGUUGUUUUUUUCACAUUAGUUUUAUUGUCGCAUAUGUGAAUAACUUAGAAUUUGAGAGAUUGUUUCAUACUAAAUAUAUUAAGUUAAAGCACAUGCAGGUGUAAAGCUAAAGCUCCAGACAUUGUAUAAUCAUGCCUUUUUGUAUUCAUUUAGAUAACAUUCGAAUAAGUAUUUAAUAAUAUUAAUUAAUAUGCUUAUUUAUUUGGUGUUAAGCUUUCAUCUGUGAGAGUUUUGUGCGUUUUGAGAUAGAUACCAAAAA